UUACGUUCUUAUAUUCUUCGCAUUGUUGGCUGACGAGGAAGUGCCCAGUGAUACUUUGAUUCUGGAUAUAUUUGUUCCGAAACUCGAAAUCGAAGUGGAUCUCCUCGAGGGAAACCUGUUGAUUGGAUUGAACUGUAAUUACAAGCAGCAGUGAGUUUCUUCUAAUCGUUCACCGACCAGUGAGGGAAUAAAAGAUAUUCCAACAUGAACGUCCAACUGCAUCCCAUGGAUCGUGUGCAGGUCACAUUGCCCAACUACUCUUACGUGUUGAAUUUUGAGAAGAAUUUCGUUUACUCAGAGAGUCAGACGUGGAUGAGAGAUCAUUUUCCAAACUGUUUCUACUAUUCUGCCAUUUACGCUCUGUUAAUUUUUGGAGGACGUCGCUACAUGUCGGACAGACCGAAAUUCGAGCUGAGAGGCCUGCUUGCUUUAUGGAGCACAUUGCUUGCGAUAUUAUCUAUUUUUUGUUUCAGUAGAAUAUUACCGGAAAUGUACCAUGUAUUAACCAAUCAUGGGUAUUACUAUAGUGUUUGUGUACCUAGAUAUCUUACACACAAUCCAGUAAGCAGUUUUUCGUUAUGGAUAUUUACCACAAUGAAAUUGAUAGAAUUUGGCGAUACUGUUUUCAUCGUGUUACGAAAGCAACCAUUGAUAUUUCUACACUGGUACCAUCACAUAACAGUUUUGCUUUAUGCAUGGUUCUCGUAUGUGGAAACCACAGGAUCCGGCAUCUGGUUUAGCUUAAUAAACACUUUUAUACACUCCAUCAUGUAUUCUUACUAUGCUUUGAAAGCAAUGCGAUUCAGGGUACCAAAAUCUAUCUCCAUAAUACUGACUACUCUACAGAUAAUACAAAUGUUUUGGGGCAUAGUUAUAACUACUUCAGCGUAUUACUACAUAUAUAUUGCCCAAAUUCAAUGCAAUAUUACGCCGACAAACCUCAUAUUUUCUAUGCUGAUGUAUUGCAGCUACCUCAUUUUAUUCGUCAAUUUUUUCAAACAGUCUUAUCUGUCUAACAAGCGUGUAAAUAAAGAAAAGAAAAAUGAAACCAAGACUCAAUAAACCACUGGCAAAAUCCACUGUAAUGAAUAUAGAUUGGUAUUAACUGAUCAUCAAAAAAAAUUACUUUUAAGGAACUUUUAAAUAGAUUCUAUUUGAAAUGUGGAUCGUAGAACAGAGAAAUAAAUGUGCUUUAAAGUAAAAGUUUCAGACAGAGUAGAACUUAUGAAAAAAAUAUAAAGGUGAAAACUUUUCUGUCAGAGAUAGACAAAUAAUUUGUUCGUCAAUAUUUGUGGCAAAUACCAACACUGACUGCUAUUCAACGAAUACUUAAAUAUAAAAAUGGAUUUUUCCUGUA